CAUGUAAUCAGCAAAAAAUUAAUUAUUUAAUGUAUUAUUAUUAUUAUUAUUUGAUUAUACUAUUAUUAUUAUUAAAACUAUUUAUCCUGUACAACUGUAAGAGUCUUAUUGGUCAAAAUGUAUGGGAAGAUUUUUUUUAUUAUUAUUAUUUAAAAUUAUUCUUAUAUAUCCCAUGAAGGUAAACACAAAAUACUUAAUCAUCUCUACAAAUAAGUUGUGGGGUAGCUUUAACUUUUAUUCAAAAUGUGCUUGUAAUAAUUUUUUAGUUACAUUGUUGCAGGAAAAUCAGCGGCAAUUAUUUAGCAUAUUUUGAUUAGCUGUUUUACAUGCUUCUGGCUGUAGUUGAGUGUCUCAUUAGGGCACUUGAACCAGCUGAAGUGUCACUUCUACAGCUGUUCUCUCAGUUAAAGUGUGUAUCUCCUGCCUGCCUGUCAGACGGCCUCCCAUCUCCAUGUUCUGUCAUGGGACAGGCAUUAACGGGAACCUGAAAAAACCCAUUACAGACAUAAGAAGAGUGUCAUCACACACAGAAUAACUACAGCGUGAAAAUUGUCACCAUCACAGAAACAGGAUGUCUGGUGUGAACAGUGACCUUCUACAUAGAUCAACUUUGAGUGUUUAUAAUAACCUCAUGGAUCAGUUUAAUCCUGGCUUGCAAAAGCUGGUUACUUUAGGAAACAGCUACAUCAAGGCUUUUCAAGCUUUGACUCUGACAAGUGAGGCCUACUUCAGUGCUCUUGCUAUGAUGGGCGAGCAAGCUCUCAGCACAUUAUCAUCCAGAUCACUUGGUGAUGUGUUGAUUCAGAUAUCAGAGACCCAGCGGAAGUUGACGGCUGAAGUGGAGGGUGUGUUCUGCUGGUUCCAAGUGGAGGUUCUGCAAGCCAUGGACAAGAACGUGAAACUGGAUGAAGAAUACAUUGAAGGCAGCCGUAGAGUGUAUGAAUUGGAGGUGAGGAAUCAGGCUGCAGCACUGGAGCGACAGCUGAGGCGUGGUGCAUUCAGAGACUCGCUGGAGGGCAGUGAGUACAUGCAGUACCUGAGGCAGAGCCAGCAUGAAAUUCUCAAAGAGGAAGAAAGGAGGUAUCGUUUCCUGGCCGAAAAGCACUGCGGACUUACACAGUCACUACUAUACCUUAUCAACAAGACGGGAGUAUCUCUCCAGCAGAGAGCAGAUGGAUGGAAAGAAAAAGUUAGUGAGAGCAGAAGUUCCAGACCUCGAACGCCCACUCCAUCAGAUCAAGAAGCCCAGUUAAAGAGUUCUCUGGGCUCCCUGCUGCAGACUGGAGACCGAGAAAUGGACCGUGAGCCGCUGGGCAGAGUGCCCUCUAGAGCCCCGUCUCCUCUCCCUAGUCGUUCCCGCUCCAGCUCUGUAGGUGAAUCCUUGGGUCUGGGUGGUGGCCGCUCCAUGAGGGCCAUUGUAUCCCACCCCGCUUCAUCCAAUCCAGUCCUGCUGCCUUUUUCCCGUGGUGACGUGCUGACUGUGCUCAUACCAGAACCACGCAACGGUUGGCUGUACGGACGCCAUGAUUCAAGCCUCCGUCAAGGUUGGUUUCCUGCUGCCUACGUGGCAUCCGUUGAAGACUUUAUACCUUUGGGCUCAAGUAGUACGUCACACCGAAGCCACAGCAUGAACAACCUCCUGGAGCCAACCAGCCAAUCAGAAUAUUCAGACACCCAGAGCUACAGUGACAUCCCGUCCCCAGUGGUAUCUAUGCGUCGUGCGUCGGUGGAUCUUCGCCCAAACUCUCCCCUCCCUGAAAAGAAGGCGGAGUCUAACAACGAGGUCAAGACCAGCCAGAAAACCUACCAUGAGAUCCCGCCCCCAGCCGUACCACUCCGCCGUGGAUCAGCUGACAUUCGAACAAUAUCUCCCCUCCCUGACAGGAGGGCGGAGUCUCAUUUUGAGAGCAAAGUAGAGCACAAAAAUUUUAAUGAACUCCCGCCUGCACCUCCGCCCCUUCCAAACUCUCCUUUGCCUGAGAGAAAGCCCGAGUCAACCUCCGAGAGGCCAUCUACUCAUGGACAACCACCAGAGCACCCUCUUUUCCCCAGAGGAUCAAAUCCUUUUGCCACCGUAAAGCUCCGGCCCACAGUCACCAACGACAGAUCAGCACCGCGGAUUCACUGACAGUCACCGUCACAAAAACACAUCACCUGCACUCUGACUGGUUCAGAGUCUGUACUAAAUUGAUUUGUCCUUAAGCAUACAAUUUAAGUCAAUUUUAAUAUUAGAAUGAAAAGAGAUUUUUAAAAUGAAUUUAAAGGCACUUUUUAACUAAAUUUAGUAUUUAAUUUGAAUGGCUAUACCCAGCUGUGUAGCAUUACUCUCUCAAUGCAUUAUUUACAUUUUCUUUCAGCUAAAUGGAGUUAUCUAAAUCAUUUAAAGGGGUUAUAUAAUGAGAAUAGAAUUAGACAUACUAUAAAAACAUCCUUCAAAAAGGCCAAAAGUUACAAAACUGCUUUAUGAUAUUAGAUUGAGCGCCCAAGUUGACACAUCAACAACAUUUACAGACACGUAAAUAAAGGUAAAAUGGUCAUAAAAUGGAAUUUACGUUUUUUCAAACAAAACAUAUUGACUAACGUAAGUACUCCAUAGAAAAAGACCCCUUUAAAUUCAUAAUACUUUAAGACUACUCAUAAUACUCAUAAUACUUUAAGAUUCUAUGUUUAUGGUGUUAAAUCUAAUCACUAGGUUUGUUUUCAUGUGUGCAUCUGUCCGAAUGUUGUGUAUUUGAUAGGUAUUAUAAUCUGUAUACGUUUAGAGUGUUUUUUAAAUAGGUUUAGCACAGAUUUCACAAAAUGUUUUUGUGUUUUAGGUGUUGUUCAGCAUAAUUAUUUAUUUAUUUAUUACAAAGGAAGAAAUCAUGUAUUUAUUGUGUGUACUUUUGCGCUGGAUUGUGAAUCUCAAGGUGAGCAUUAAUAUUUAGUGUUUUUUUUGUCAUUUUAGGGCUGUUAAUUUAAUGUGAUUAGUUGUGAUUAAUUGUGACCCUUGACCCAUACUCAUACAUAAAUUUUCGAGCAUUUCAUGUAAUUAAAUUGACAGCCCUACUUGGAAAUUUGUAUUUAUUUAUUUAUUUAUUUUGUCAAAUAACUUUUUUCAAAUAAUUCAAGAUUAAGAGAUCGAAUGUAAUACACUUUGCACUAGAGGAGUCAAUGAAAUAAAUGGAAAAACCCA